AUGAAGAAGGUUUCUCUUUAUGCUUGUUUACUACUCAACUUGAGUCUAUUGGUUAUUUUUCCAUAUUGCAAAGCUAGUCAAGCUGAUAAACUUGUUGAGUUUAUUCUGUCUAGAACCUCACAGAAUCCUCCUAAGACUCUUUCAUGGGAAGAGGAAGAUGCAUUGAAAACACAUUCUUCGUUUUCUACUGCUGAUGUUGCACCUCAAGAGGGGCUAAUGCAAGCUGACAAGAUUGACACAUUGCCUGGUCAACCCUAUGGGGUAAAUUUUGACCAAUAUUCAGGCUAUGUCACAGUUGAUCCUGAGGCUGGUAGAGAACUUUUCUAUUAUUUUGUGGAGUCUCCAUAUAACUCUUCCACUAAACCUUUAGUAUUAUGGCUCAAUGGAGGACCUGGCUGUUCCUCACUGGGGUAUGGAGCCUUUCAGGAGCUAGGACCCUUCAGAAUCAACUCUGAUGGCAAAACACUAUACCGUAACCCAUAUGCUUGGAAUGAAGUGGCGAACGUACUCUUCUUAGAAUCUCCAGCAGGAGUAGGAUUUUCCUACUCAAACACAACAUCUGACUAUGACAAAUCAGGAGAUAAGUCAACUGCCAAAGACACCUAUGUCUUCCUCGUCAACUGGCUGGAGAGAUUUCCACAAUACAAAACCAGAGAUUUUUACAUAACUGGAGAGAGUUAUGCUGGUCAUUAUGUUCCUCAACUUGCAUCCACUAUUCUACACAACAAUAAACUCUAUAACAACACCAUUGUUAACCUCAAAGGCAUUUCUAUAGGGAAUGCUUGGAUUGAUGAUGCCACAAGUUUAAAGGGGUUUUUUGAUUACCUUUGGACUCAUGCUUUGAACUCAGAUCAAACUCAUGAGUUGAUUGAGAAGUACUGUGACUUCACUACUGAAAAUGUUUCAGCAAUUUGUAUCAAUAAUGUAACACUAAAGGCCUUCUUUGAACAUGGAAAGAUAGACUUAUAUAACAUCUAUGCUCCAUUGUGUCAUGACUCCUCUCUGAAAAAUGGUUCAACUGGUUAUGUAAGUAAUGAUUUUGACCCUUGUUCUGAUUAUUAUGGUUCUGCCUAUCUAAAUAGACCAGAGGUUCAAAAGGCUCUUCAUGCAAAACCUACAAAUUGGACCCAUUGCAGGUAGUAUUCUAUUACCACUUUUAAGAAAUUCUAAAAUAGUACUAUUUUUUCUACACUUAUAUAAAUGUAUUUUUCUAUGCUGAUCAAGAAUGUGUUAUUUUUUAUGA